AUGGAAACGCGCGCUGUGUUUCUCUGUGUUUCUCUGUUGCAAGCGCAAGGCCACACACACGCUCUUUGUGGUGUUUCGAUUGUGCCGGGCACACCACAAAUCCUUUCCGCGGAUGUGGCUGGAACCUUCCGACUUUGGGACAUGCGAAGUUUCCGCUGUGUUCAGUCCUUCGGUGGAAACGAGACCACCUUAAAUGAUCUCAACACGUUUUGCAUCAUGCCGCCUCACCACCGCUUAGCAGCCGGUGCAAGUCGGGUCAUUUUGCAUGACUAUAUGGAUGAAUGGGGCGGCGAAAGUGUGACCGAUACAGGUGGGGUGACCGAUGCUUUGUACAACCCCACAGUGGGAGAAUUCUACACAAUCAGCAAGCAGACGGUGAAGACCUGGAAUGCCAACACAGGAGUUCUUUUCAAAGUGCUGCGAGAUAUCACGCAGGAUGAGAUUACGGCAGCUUGUGUAGCUGACAAUGGCCGUAAGAUUUACUUGGGCGAUGCCAAAGGAAGGGUGCAAUCCCAUGGGCUGCAGAAUGGUGCUGUUCUCAGCGUCUUCGACCAACAUCCCACGGACAUCUCUUGUCUUUCAAUAUGGAAGGGGACGAACAAAGUUUUCUCCUCCUCCUGGGACGGAACCGUAAAGAUCUCUACGGACGAAGGUUCACGACCGCCACAACUGAAGGCCGAAUUCAAGAACCACCGCGAUGGCGUCACAUGUCUGCGCGGUUCUCCGGAGCUUCUACUUCUGGCGAGUGGAAGUACCGACAUGCAGGUGGUCCUAUAUGAUUUGAAGACCAUGAAGUUCGAGACCGCGCUCUCACGCUUUCAACACGUUAUUGCUGCGGUGGACUUUUUGCCGAAGAGGUGUUUGCUGGUCGUGGCAGACCAGGGCGGGCAUAUCUCGUUUUGGAGAAUGCGGCCGCAUCCGGACCAGUGGACGUGCAUUUUUCACUUCAGGAAUUUGCCCAUCAUCAAUGGCGUCUUGCCAAGUGUCACAGAGGUGCCUCCUCCCACCUUGGCGGUGCCUGUGUGUGCUCUGCGCGUCUCAGAGGAGCAGCUCUUUCGACAGUCCGAGGAUGGCGAAGAGGAGAUCAUCGAUCCUCCACUGAUCCACACCGCUGACUCCAAAGGUGUCUUGCGUGUUUGGACAGUCUCAGCAAUGUGUAAGAAACGCGGGGUCCAUGCCCUGGAUGUGAAGGAUCUUUUCGAACAACAGCGGAGUGGCAAAAUGACCAGCCCAACGCGUGGCAAAACCGUUCGUGGUCAGAGGACCGCGGCAACGCGUGGAACCAGUCCAGGGACUUCCUCCCCUCGCUUGGGGAAAGCGCUGUCACCGCAGAAUUCGAUUGGGGCAGCCUUCUUGACAGGUUUAGACUUGGAGUCAGAGAACGACAUCGCCAGAUCGCUAGAUCAUCAAGAUCCAACUCGCAGUCAGGCUGUAUCCGUGGCCCAGAGUGACACAGAGGUUCAGCUACUCUUCGAGGAAGAGGGUCAUGAUGAUGCCGGCAUCAUCAGCAUGUACCUAACAGAGGAACCAAAUGCUGUGAUGACCACAGGGCUCGACCGACGUGUCAGGACGUGGAGUUCGCAACUGGAUCGCCUUGGCACGCUGAUGCAAAGCCAAGACCGACACUUUAAGUUUCCCUUCGACCCACAAGCAGCGCAAGAGGUGCGGCUCCAGGCCGCAGCUGAGCUACUGGAAUACUUGGCGCCUGAGAAUCGACUUCGGCUUCCGCCUAUUCCUGGUGCAUCGUCAAGGAGUGCACAUGACAUGCUCUUGUCCCUCAGCAGUGGAAAGACCAAGCCGACGAAGAAGAAGGAUGCAGAAAAAGCCUGGCGGGUCACUGCUGAGCAGGUGAUGCAAGCACCAGAAGAUGUCGAGGAGGAUGACUUCCGCAUGCUCUUCGAACAGAUGGAACGUGGCAGCAUGGCAGGCUAUCCCCUGGAGUCGAAGGAGCGACUGGUGAAGAUUUCCAAGGCGCUUCAGGCGAAGCAGAUGGUGCACCGUGCCAACGCCCUGUCCAAGGAAGAAGCCUUUGCAGCCGAGCGUUUGGCACAUGCUAUGGCGGCCUUGGGGGGUGACGACUAUGGCACAUACGCAGCCAUGGCCAGCUCAUUGAAAGUGAGGUAA